UUUUGUAUUGAUUUAUUUAGCCUAGUAAAAUUUAUUGUAAAUGUAUUGGUCAGUCAUCAAUAGCGGUGUUUAAUAUCCAACUCAAGACAACAAUUCCCUUUUCAAAGAAAUGUGAAUAAUAUCUCAAAACCUCCAGCAAGUUAAAGUCUAUUAAUGUCCAACUCAUGCUCUAAUUAAUGAGUGUCAUAUCUGCUGGAGGAGCCAUUUAGUUUACUAUAAAACCUCUCUUUUACUUGAGUAAACCGAUUGCAAAAGAGUCCGGUGAAAGCUCAUAUGUAACAGUGUGCUGACUGGUGCGCAAACAUUUCUGGUUUUUCUUUUGUCUGCAAAACUGAUUUUUAAUCAAUUUUUUCCUACAAUGUCAAAAGACAAAUACCUAGUGCUGGAAAACUAUAUUGGUGGGAAGUUUGUACCAUGUUCCAAACUAAUGGACUCUUUCAACCCAUCGACUGGAGAGGUUUAUUGCAAAGUUCCAGACAGUGGACCUGAGGAAGUGGAUGCUGCAGUGAGGGCAGCCAAAGAGGCCUUUCCUGAUUGGUCAGCAAAGAGUCCAGCAGAGAGAUCCAAAGUACUGAAUAAACUAGCAGACCUGAUAGAGGCUCGACUGGAGGAGUUUGUCCAGGCUGAGUCUAAAGACCAGGGGAAAACUAUAACUUUUGCCCGAAAUGUGGACAUUCCACGAUCAGCGUACAACUUCCGUUUUUUUGCUUCAUCUGUCCUGCAUCACACUAAUGACUGCAGUCAGAUGGAUCACAUGGGCUGUCUCAACUACACAGUACGCUGUCCUGUAGGAGUGGCUGGUCUCAUAAGCCCAUGGAACCUGCCGUUGUACCUCCUGACCUGGAAGAUUGCCCCGGCUGUUGCUGCUGGCAAUACUGUGGUGGCGAAACCCAGUGAAAUGACCUCCGUCACUGCCUGGAUGAUGUGUCAGCUAUUGGAGGAAGCUGAUUUUGAUAUCUUGGAGUGA